UGCGGGCAGGGCACAGAAAGGGUUUGGUGCAUGGACAGGGUUUGGUGCAUGGUCUGCUUAUGGGCAGGGUUUGGCAUGCUGGCAAGGUACAGGCAGGGUUUGGUGCAUGGACAGGGUUUGGUGCAUAGGCAAGAUUUGGAGCAGGGUUUGGUGGGCUGACAGGGCACAGGAAAGGUUUGGUGCACAGGCAGGGUUUGGUGCACAGGCUGGUUGCAAUCAGGGUUUGAUGUGUGGACAGGCUUUGGUGACAAUUGGUGCACAAGGAUAGGGCUGGUGUGAGUAGCUAAGACACACAGGUGGGUCUGUCAGGUGCUGGCAGGGAACAUGCCUCCUUGGUGAAAAAGCCUUCUCCUUGGAGAAGGGGACGGGGACAGGAAGCAGCAGAGACCCCCCUCCCCAUGCUGAAGCCCACCCCACGCAAGCAUGCUGGAAGGUGAGAGCUAAUGCCGCCUCGCCUGGCAUGAUGCAGAGAGAGACCAGGGAGAGGUGAAAUGUGGUAUUGAUCCUCUUGGAGGGAGAGCAAAGCAGUUCUGGCAUCUGCCAGCUCCAACCUCUGCCCUUCCUGCUGCUAAAUCAGCUGCAGGUGGAGGAGCAGAAGCAUCCCAUUCCAUCCCAUUCCGACCUGUUCCAUCCUGUUCUGUCCUGUUCCAUCCCAUCCUACCUACAGAAUCAUAGAACUGCACAGACUGGACCAGGCCUGUAAGAUCAUUGAGUCCAAUCAUUAGCCUAACACUCCACCUCACCCCAUCCCAUCUAACCCCAUCCUAUCCCCAUCCUCAUCCCCAUCCCAUCUAUCCCACUCCAUUCAACCCCAGUCCACCCCUUCCCAUCUCACCCCAUCCCACCCCCACUCCACUCUCACCACUGCCGCCAGGGCCCCAGCCCCACACUGGCUCUUUGCUCUUCGCUCUUUGCUCUUCGCCUCCUGCUGACUUCAGCUCCUCGCCUUGGGCUCAGCGCCUGAACAUUCCUCCCAAAACCUGGGCCUAAAAUAUCUGGAGGAGGAUGGAGGCCUUGGGCAAGGGAGAUGAGCUCCUCAGCUGCAGGAAGGAGGAAAGCUGCUCCACUCCCUGCCGGCUGCCAGCCCACUGGCUCCUGGGAAUUGGUCAGGAAUAAGUCUUGCCCAGCAGACUCAGUGGCUCAGUUUGGGAUGGAUCUGCCUGGCCAGGAGCAGGGGCAGAAGGGGAAUGUGGCACCUUGAGCAUUGUGGGUCCAGUGCCAUGGGAGCAGGGUGACAGUGGAGAAGGGCAAUGGGGAGUGGGGUUGAAGGCAGAAGGGUAGCAAAGAGCAGGGUGGCAGGGAGAGAGGAGCAGGGAAGCAGGGUAGCAGGAUUGGAGGUAAACAGAGUGGCAGGGAGCAGGGUCACAGGGAGCAGGAUGACAUAGAAGGGUGGCAAGGAGCAUGAUGACAUUGGAGCAAGAUGUCAUGAAGAGUGGCAGGGAGCAGGGUGGCAAGGAGCAGGAUGACAUGGGAGCAGGAUGGCAGGGAACUGGAUGACAGAGAGCAGGGUGGCACAGGGAGCAAGCUGAGGCUGGGUGGCUGAGGAGGGACAACAAAUGCCGAGAGGGAGGUGCUAGGCGGGAGCUGUAUGAGAACCAGUUUGCGAGGUCCAGAUUGGCAGCAGAUCCUGAACCAGGAGGAGCUGAGCAUCCAUACGGCCCCUGCCGAGAUCAGACGAGACGACAGCGACUCGGUUUGGGGGAAGAAAUUGGAGGCGGGGGAAGCUUUUUUGCUGAAAUGAAACUUGAACCCCAAAGUGGGAGGGAAGUGGAGGUGGGGGGCACGGCUCUCUCCACAUGGUUAUUACUGCUGUUUUCCACCCAGCUGAAAGGAGAAUGUAGCUUAAUAUGGACCCGCGGGGAGGAGAAGCGAUCAGGAGUGGGGAUUUGUCAGGAGGGAGCUGGGAAACAGCGAGAGAGACAUAGAGAUGGGAGCUCAGUCGCCUGCCAGCCCGUCGCACUGGAGAACGGUGCCAGCCCGCCAACCGAGUGGCUCCCGCGUGCCCAGGGCUCGGGCCCUCGCCAGCUUGGCAGCGACAGUGACAGCAGGAGCUUCAGAGUGAACCUCCACUGCAAGCACUCGUGGCCCAGAUCCGAGGUAACUUCCAAGCCCCCUGCCACCUGGCUGCCCUCUCAGCUGUGGGAGCUCAGGAGGAUCAGCCCCAGGGAGCUGAAGUGCAGCAACAGGAGCAGCAGCAAAGUUGAGGGUCCUGGUGCCACCUUCCCUGACCCCCAUGUCAGCAACUGCUCGGCCAAGCGGCACGUGGGGGCGGAGGAGGCCAGGAUGCGCGUGAAGCCCCCGGGCCCAGUGGUAACGAGCAGCGUUGUGCGUGGCUCGCCCGACUACGCCCGAGAGCCCGAGUUCUACCCAACGGGGCGCCCCCAGCGGCCCCCGGCCUGCCCGGCGGAGAAGGCCUUGUCCUGCAGCGUGCUCAGCUUCCCCGAGGGGUCGUGCCCCGCGCUCGGCCGCGAGCACCAGGCAGGCUCGCUGCUGCACGGCGACCCGGCUGACCGGUGCCAGGGCGUGCACGGGGGCACCAAGGCAGCACAAGACUUGCUGGGCUGUGCUGGCGAGCCCCGGAUCCUGGGGCGAGGCACGGAGGAAGCAGCCGCCCGCGAUCGGGCGCCCAAAACCUUCCCCAACGUGACACUGGCCUCGGGCCACUGCAACGUCGACAGCAUCCUUGCCUUGCUCCGCAGCAAGUGCGGCAACGGACACAUCAACCUCCACCCCGUGGUGCAGCUCAUCGACAUCAUGAAGGACCUCAACCGCCUCUCCGAGGACCUCAAGAGCAGUGGAGUGCACCUGGACUGUGGCAACCUGCGUGGCAGCGGCGGCAGCCAUGAGGACAGUCGCCUGCUGCCUGCUGACCGUGACCUCCAGUACAGCUUCUUCUCCUCACCCUCCCUAGCCAACAGCAUCCGCAGCCCCGAGGAGCGCGGCGUGCUCUGCAAAACGGAGCCGCCGCGGCACCCCCGGCCCCCAGCCCAUGAGGGAGAGGCUGAUGAUGGAGGGGGGAGCACCCCGCAGCCCCCCGGGCACAGUGGUGGUGUUGGGGGCACCUCCAAAGCCCCAGCAGAGGAAGCUGGUUGCUCCCAGCCCAAUGCUGGCGAUUACUCAGACCUGGCUGAGGCAGACAUCCUGAACGAGCUGGCCUCGCUGGCAUGCCCAGGGACACAGCUGUUGGAGUCGCAGGCGAUGGAGACGCAGCCUCAGUUGCUGCCAGCUCAGGAGUUGGACUCCCAAUCCCGGCUGCUGGAUUCCCAGUCCCUGGAGUCACAACCCCAGCUGCUCGAUUCGCAGAGCCUGGAGCCACUGCCGGAGUCAUUGGAGCUGCAAAAUCUGGAGCCGCUGGGGUUGCAGUCACUGGAGCCACUUUCAGAGUCGCUGGAGCUGCAGUCACUGGAGCCUUUGUCUGAGUCACUGGAGCUGCAGUCGCUGGAGCCACUGGCUGAGCCACUGGGGCUGCAGACACUGGAGCCACUGCCCGGGACCCUGGAGCCACCACUGCUAGAUGCUCGGGCCCCGCUGCUGCCCACUGAGCCCUCGCUGCUGGAGGCACAGCCACUGGGGACUGUCUCAGAGCUGCUGGAGGCACAAACGGGCACUGGGGACCCACUACGGCCCCACGGGCUGCAGGCCCGGCUCGGGGGGUGCCCCCUGAGCAGUGUGGUGAAACGAGGUCCCUGCGGGGGCCGGGGGGCUGGGCGCUGUGGCGAGGAUCACCGCAAGUAUGCCCUGCGCCGGACAGACAAGCCAAAGAUGCUGUGCCGCAGGAGGAGGGCAGGGCGAGGGCGCCGGGUGGACAUUGCCUGCGAGAGCCGCGUCUUGUCGCCCCUCGCCCUGCCUGCUGAGGUGCCCCCCGGGCCUGAGGAGCCCAGCAUCCCACUGCUGAGUCCCCCAGCACCGCCCCCCACCACUACCCUGGAUGCUGACGAGGUGCUCAAGCCCCCCACAAUGGGGAAGAAGAUGAAGUGCCGAGGGGUGAGGAAGAUGGUGGUGAAGAUGGCCAAGAUCCCUGUGUCCCUGGGCAGGAGGAACAAGACCACCUACAAGGUAUCAUCGCUGAGCAGCAACCUGAACCUGGAGGGCAAGGAGCUGGCAGCCAGCAGCUCCAUGGAGCCCACUCCGCUGCUCAAGAUGAAGAACAAUGGGCGCAACGUAGUGGUGGUCUUCCCCCCUGGGGAGAUGCCAAUCAUCUUGAAGCGUAAGCGGGGCAGGCCCCCCAAGAACCUACUGCUGGGCCAAGCCAAGCCCAAGGAGCCAGUUCCAGAGGUGAAGAAGAGGAGGAGGAGGAAGCAGAAGCUGGCCUCACCGCAGCCUUCCUACAUCGCUGACACUAACGACAGCAAGGCCGACUACUCGGACGUGCUGGCCAAGCUGGCAUUCCUCAACCGCCAGAGCCAGUGCUCAGGGCGCUGCUCGCCACCGCGCUGCUGGACCCCCAGCGAGCCUGAGUCCAUCCACCAAGCCCCUGACACCCAGAGCAUCUCCCACUUCUUGCACCGUGUCCAAGGCUUCCGCCGGCGUGGCGGCAAAGCAGGGGGCUUCGGCGGGCGCGGCGGGGGCCACGCUGCCCGUGCCGCCCGCUGUUCCUUCAGUGAUUUCUUCGAGGGCAUUGGGAAGAAGAAGAAAGCCCCCACUGCCCUGCACGCUGAUGCCAUGCACCCGCGCAAGCGGGGCCGGCCAGAGCCCGACCCCGUGGGCAAACCCAAGCGGAAGCGCCGGGCCCGCAAGAAUGGAGCUCUGUUCCCCGAGCCCAGCCCUGGCCAGGGCUUUAGUGACGGCACCACUGAGUGGGCUGCUGGGGAGAAGGGCAGCCCCUGGGCCCCCCAUCACAGCCACCCCAGUGGCCAGGCUGGCCGCAAUGGUGGCUACCAAGGGGCUGAAGCAAGACCCUUCCACGCAGCCGGGCUGGAGUCAGGCUCCUCCAGCCGUGCCGGUUUCUAUACCGGCAGUGCCCCGUCCUCGCAGGCGGAGGCCGGCCCGGAGCGGCACAGCCUCUUCACUGGCUACUUCCGCUCGCUGCUGGACUCGGACGACUCCUCAGACCUGCUGGACUUUGCCCUCUCAGCCUCACGCUCCGAGUCCCGCAAGUCAGCAGCUGCUUACACAGCCCCACCGGCUGCCUUGCCAGGCCAGCGGGGUCUGGCCGCUUAUCCAGCCCGGGGCGGCAAGGUGGCAGCGGCAACCCCUGGUGCUGAGGCUGCCUUCCACACGGUGAUGCAGGGCCGGCCAGCGUUCCCACCCAGCCGUGCCACUGCUGCCAGCUAUGGUGUAGCCCAAGGGUCAUCGGAGUGCCGAGGUGCUGAGGCGUUCACCAAGCUGGCACCGCCUUCUGCUGUCUCCCGGUCUCCCACAGCUCACCCGGUGGCCAGUGGCACACCCAGCUACUCACCCUAUGGCAGUUAUGGCAGCGGGCAGAGCGUGGCACCCACCAGUGUAUUCCCACCAGGGAAGCAGUACCCACAGGACUGCCCCAACAGCAAGGACUGCAGCUUUGCCUAUGGCAGUGGCAGCAGCCUCCCGUCCUCGCCCAGCAGUGCCCACAGUGCCGGCUAUGCAGCACAGACAGCCGGUCCCAGCCUGCCACUGGGCAAAGCUGCUUUCUUCAACAGCACCGAGCAGGGGGCACAGUUCUCCAGUGCUUCACACACCCCCUUGAGAUGUGACAGCCGUGCCAGCACCGUCUCACCCGGCGGCUACAUGGUGCCCAAAGGCUCGGCCUCCUUCCAGCCCUCGCCUGAAAAUUGCCGGCAGUUCCCCAGCGCUGCCCCCUGGGCAUUCCGGCAAGGCUACGGUGGACUGGACUGGAGCUCAGAGGCCUUCAGCCAGCUCUACAACCCGGGCUUCGAGUGCCACCUCAACGAGCCCAACGUCAUCCUGGACAUCUCCAACUACACCCCGCAGAAAGCCAAGCAGCAGACGGUCUCAGAGACCUUCUCGGAGUCCUCUUCCGACAGCACCCAGUUCAACCAGCCUGCCAGUUACCGGCGUGCCAACAGCGAGGCCUCGUCCAGUGAGGGCCAGUCCAGCCUCUCCAGCCUGGAGAAGCUGAUGAUGGACUGGAACGAGGCAUCCUCCGCCCCAGGCUACAACUGGAACCAGAGUGUCCUCUUCCAGAGCAACUCCAAGCCCGGUCGAGGCCGACGGAAGAAGGUGGACAUGUUCGACACCUCCCACCUGAACUUCUCCUCCUCUUCCUCUUCUUCCUCCGUGUACCCCUCCAAGAGGAGCACAGGGCCCCGGCAGCCCCGAGGGUCCCGGGGGGCUUGUACCUCCAAGAAGGAGAGGGGGACAGGCAAGGCCAAGUUCCCCACCAAGUCCCAGGCAGUCAACACUCUCUUCCAGGAGAGCACAGACUUGGGCUUGGACUACUACAGUGGGGACAGCAGCAUGUCCCCAUUGCCCUCCCAGUCCCGGGGCUUCGGGGUGGGCGAGCGGGACCCCUGCGACUAUGCCGGCCCCUACUCCAUGAACCCCUCCACCCCCUCCGAUGGGACCUUCAUGCAGGGGUUCCAGAGCGACUCCCCCGGGCUGGGGCAGCCGGAUUUGGAGAGCAAGCACUUCCCGGCGCUCCCACACCAGCUGGCAGCCGCCGGGCAGCAGACUGUCUUCGAGGCUGGGCUGCAGAAAGCCUUCUCGCCCAACUGCUCCCCCACCCUGGCCUUCAAGGAGGACCUACGGGCGGGUGACCUCCGCAAGCUGCCCGCCUGCGACUCACUCAAACACAGCAUGCAGGGGGCCGCCCUCCCGCAUGCCCCCCACCUGGCCUGCCGUGACCUCCCCAUGCCACAACCGCACUACGACUCCCCCAGCUGCAAAAACCCCCCCUACUGGUACUCCCCCAACGCCAGCACCCGCAGCCCUUCCUACGACGGGAAAGCAGGGGCCGGGAUGCUGGUAGACUUCAUGGGCAGGACGGACCCUUCGUGUCUGAACCCCCACUUGGGCAGCCCGAGCGGCACCCACCCCUCCAAGGGCGAGAAGGAGCCCUUGGAGAUGUCCCGGGCUCAUCACCGUGGACCCUAUGCUUGUCCCCUGAUCAGUGACUUGAACAUCUCCCCCGUACCGAGAGACUCAAUGCUGCAGCUGCAGGACAACUACAGGUACCCCAGUUUUGCACCCCAAGGGCACCCUGCCAUGGCCCCCACCCAGAAGAGCGGGUUUUUGGGACCCAUGGUAGAGCAACAGCACCCUGAGGACACUUUUACGGUCACCUCGUUGUAGUGCCUGCUGAUGUGCCAACCGGACAGCGAGGUUUUGUUACAGGAGGUAAUUUAGCCAGCACUUUUUUCUGGAACACUUUUCAAGUUCUGUAUUUAUCUGGGAUCGGAGCCUUUGGGUUGUUGUUUUCUAAGAAAAAGGAAAAGAAAAAAAAAAAAGUUACAAAAUAAGCGGAAAGAAAGGAGAAAAAAAAAGGACGACGAGAGGAAAGCCUCCACUUUGUGCCCCCGCCCUGCCCGCCUGCCUCCCGCCUGCCUCUGCUUUCCAAACCGCCGCCCCCGCGCCCCCCGCCCAGCGGCAGGACAAUCCGACGGACGGACGCACGGCCGGACAGACCGACAGCCCCCGCCGGGCCCCGCCCAGCGCAGCAGGGGGGGCAAAAGGUGGCCGCAGGGCCUGGGGGGUCGGUGGCUGGGUGUCCCCUGCCCGCAGCCUGGCCGAGGGGCAGCCGCCUCGGGGGUCUCGCUGGAGCUUUGGUCGAUUUCUUCCCUCCCCACCCCGUGCCCGCUCGCUUUGCCCGGGGUGUUUCUGUCGCCGGAUGGAGGCCGAGGGGUGUUUGGGAGAGCUGACCCCCACCUGGCUCUGGCAGCUUCACCUGCGGGACUCGGAGGUGCCACCAUCACCCGCCUGCCCACCUGCCGCAGCACCCUAGGCCCUUCGCCUCCCCCAGCCCGUCCCGCAGCAGAGAGGAGAGCAGAGGAGAGAGCUCUGCCAGCGAGGGCACCCCGACCCCAUCACCCCCCCAGCUUCACCACCGGCCCCCACCGCGGCCGUGGCGCCGGCGCCGCGUUCUCGCUCCUCCGAAUCCAGAAGCAGAAUGGGGGAGGGAGGGGAGCUUGGGGGAGUGUGGGGGUGGGGGAGGGGUGGGAAAAGAAACCUCCUUGUCAUUUUUAGGUUUUAUUUUCUUAAUUUUCACCUUCUGCACAAAAGAAACCAGCAAUUGUAAAUACUUUUGAAGAAAAGGAGUUACGGGAAAAAAACAAAGAAAAAAAAAAGAAAAAAUUGUCUAAGAAAAAAAAACUAAAAAGCUGAAAUCACAUUAAAAAAAAAGAAAAAAAAUUAAAAAAGGAUAAAAAAUUAUUCACAAAGUGGGGGGGAGAGGGAAAAAACCUCCCAAAGUGUCCAAAAUGAUGAGAGGUGAAGAGAGGAAAGGGAGGGGGGGAGGGAAACCAAGAAAAAAGAAAAUCCCAUCAAAUGUGCACUGAGAAAAGGAAACAAAUUUCUUUAGGGAUUGAGUGUCAGGAAGGAAAAAAAAAAAGAAAAAAAAAGGAGAAAAAUACUAAUUUUAAAAAAGGAGAAAAGAGGGAAAAAAACAAAUAAUGAAAAAAACACAACAAAAAAAGUGACAAUAACCUAUUUAUUGUAUAUAAUGUUUUAUUAUAAAUCGUGUCUUGUACAUUGCACUCUGGACCUCUGCUGUGCUUUUGUGCUCUGCAAACUCCCCCUGGGCUCCCCUGGGCUUUCUUCCUGGUUUUUCUUUCUUUUUUUCCCUCCUAAAUUUGAUUUUUGUUUUUAUUCUGAAGCUGAUGAAGGAAACAAACAAACAAAAACCAAA